ACCUGUCGCGUUAAAAUAACUUCCACUUACUUCAUAGUAAGUGGAUACCAUCGAUUAUAGGGAACCGUUUCAGUAUCUAAACAGCGAAGAUGAAGUGCACGUUCGUCUUCGCAAUUAGUCUUCUUGCGACUGCGGUAGUGUGCCAAAUAUACACGCCAGUCGUUCAAACCGACAAAGGGCCAGUCAAAGGGAAACUCGCGAAAACUGCCUUUCACAGACGCGAUUAUUCUGCUUUCCUUGGGAUUCCCUUUGCGAAACCACCAGUAAAAGAUCUCAGGUUCAAGGACCCUGUUGAAGCAGAACCUUGGAAAGAGGUGCUAAAUGCAACAGCUGAGGCGCCAUUAUGUAUGCAGACGUUCCUCAUUGGGCCCAUUGGAAAGGAAGAUUGUCUAUACCUAAACGUAUACACCCCUGACACGCAGUUCAACCAGCUCGAACUGAAACCGGUGUUAGUAUGGAUAUACGGUGGCGGGUUCCUAACUGGAGGCAUUCUAAAGCCCAUAUAUGGCCCCGACUGGUACAUAGAAGACGACAUAGUCAUGGUUGCCAUGAACUACCGUCUUGGUGCCCUAGGUUUCCUCGCAUUGGGGCUUCCCGAUGCGUCCGGUAAUCAAGGUCUGAAGGAUCAGAAUUUAGCUCUGAAGUGGGUGCGGAGGAACAUCGCCAAAUUCGGAGGCGAUCCAAACCGAGUGACCAUAAUGGGCCAAAGUGCUGGUGCCUCUUCAGUGGUAUAUCACACGCUGUCGCCUAUGUCGGCUGGUUUGUUCCAUCAAGGUAUUGCUCAAAGCGGUAGUGCGCUCUGCCCGUGGGCUUACAAAACACCGGUAGAGUCUCUCGCGGUGGCCUACGAGUUGGGUACAGUUAUGGGAUUGGUACCCUCCACCCCCGACAUAUUGCUCAAAAGACUAAAGAAAGCUGACGCCUUCGACAUCAUACAGGCCGAAACUAAAGUGCAACUAGCCAAUUUGAUCACCCCGAUUUCAAUACCGUUCGCGCCCACGACUGAAUUUAAGACCAACAAUCCCUUCCUGAGCGAUUGCCCGAUAUCGAUGAUGGAGAAAGGAAACUUCGCCCACGUCCCCAUGUUGAUCGGUUUCAAUGCAGAUGAGGCAAUGUUGUUCGCAAUAUUGGCGGAAGAACUGCGCCAAGAGGUGCACAUGAUUAUGAGAUCGUGGAACAGUUUCCUAGACCCAGCUGGUUCGACUAAAUAUCUCGUGAACGUAGCAGAUAUGAUCACCAACGCCACCGAACAACAAUUUAUAAAGAUGGUAAGCUCGUGGUGGUUCAACGCGCCUAUCCAUCUCACGCAAAAAUUAAUGACCAAAUACAACGGCGACAAACCUGUAUAUUUCUAUCGACUGGCGUACGACACGGAGAAGAAUUUCCACAGAAUUAUCGAAUCCCAGUUGUCAGGCACUGCUCACUUGGAUGAUCUUCCUUUGUUGUUCUACAUCUCUGUACUGAACCCUUCCGACCCGGAAAAUCCGUUCAAUCUGUACUGCAAGAGAAUCGUCUCUAUGUGGAGCAACUUCAUCAAAUAUUCGGAUCCUACCCCGAGCAAUAACACCGUGAGCAGGGCAAAAUGGGUAAAUUCUGGCAAAGAAGGACUGCAGCUAAACAUUGGAAACGAAGAAUUCAAAAUGCACAAGCGUUUCCUCGAUCCGAUGGAUGUAGAGUUCGAGCUACUUAUCGCCGCCAAAUUAACGAACGAUAACACUGGCUGCAAAGCCGGCGUCGCGAACAAAGUCGCAGCUCCAGUAACUCAACCGACUACUGUACUGUAAUUAAUAAAUGCUACUAGCGUAUUUGCAAACAUACUGUUUAUGACUUCUUCGAUAAAGCGCAACUAUUUGAUGUUUCAUACCUAUCAUUUUAAUGAAACUUUGUAACACAUUGGCAACCCAACAUUAUCUACAUUAGCUUCUCGAACAGUGAAAAAUUUACGGAAAUUCUAUGCGCAAAUGUGAAAUAUACGACGUAUUUAGUUUUAAACUAAAAACG